AACCCAAGAGUUUCCUCUCUCUCUCUCUCUCUCUCUCUCUCUCUACAUAUAGACUCUCAUUCUUCCAAAUGGAGUCGUCGAGUGCAGCCAAGAGGCUGUGGCACAUUGUGAGGGUUGUGUUCUACAUGCACAGAAAGAACCUCUCCAUGCACAAGCUCAUGGUGGAUCUCCAUCUCCUCCUCAAGCGUGGCAAGAACGCCGGUAAAGCCCUCGGUCACCUAGUCACCUUCCACCACCACGGCCACCUCCAUGGCGUCGCUGCCAUGUACUCGGGCUUUUCCUGCCGGUCCAUGGAUCCAGACCGCGCCUUCUACAGCCCCCGGGAGGUGGAGUUCAGCUGCAGCAGCACUCCUUCGUACCCUUCCCUCCAUGCCAUCAGGCGAAGGAACCGCCACCGCCGCUACGACUACGACUACGACGCUGCGGCGGUGGCGACUGCAUUUGAGACACUGGACUUCGAGAUAUCUGAUGCCGAGUCGGUCGUGCCGUCUCCAUCACCGGCGGGCGCGCGACAACUGAGGAUUACAGACUCACCAUUUCCACUGACGGAAGAUGAGGAAGCAGCCUACCAGCACAUCGACCAGGAGGCAGAGGAGUUCAUCAGGAGGUUCUACAAGCAGCUUCGUCUUCAGCAGAGGAUUCCAGUGACGCCAGAAUACAGUCACCACCGCCAUGAACCAUUGAUGGGACGAGCAUGACAUGUUCUUCUUCAUAUAUAGUCCUCUCUGAAGCCUCCCACGUAGAACAGAACAGAAUGUGAGUCCGUGUUGCUCACAUCGUCUUUUCUUUUAGCACCACCAUUGAUUUCUGUAGGGAAAGGAGUCGAGUGUAGAGCGGUAAAUGGGAUUGUAACUCUGGACGUUAGUGGAUCUGAGCAUUGGUCAAGCUCUUUUCCCA